AUGCAAAGAGACGAUAAUUCAGGGUCAGCCUUCGUCUACCUGGACAGUAAAACUGUGAACAGGAAGCUCAGAUCCUUUGAUAUCAGCAAGAAGCCCACAGCUCAGAGAGAAGAGGAGGAGGAAGACGAGGAGGAGGAGGAGGAGGAUGAAGACGAGGAGGAGGAGGAGGAUGAAGACGAGGAGGAGGAUGGAACUGCUGCAGUGAAAGGAAGUGAUGAUGAAGACGAAGAGCAGAAAAACAAAGAUGGAGGAGUGAAGAAGACCAAACAGAAAGGUGCCGGAGUGACUUCCUGUACGGACCGGAAGUGCGUUCCAGGUAUCAUCUACCUGGGUCACAUUCCUCCGAGGCUCCGCCCCAAACACCUGAGGAACCUGUUGUCAGUGUUUGGAGAGAUCGGACGUAUCUUCCUGCAGCCUGAAGAUCAUCAGGUGAGGAGGAGGAAGAAACAGUCUGGGUUGAGGAGGUGUGAUUUUACUGAAGGAUGGGUGGAGUUCAGAGAUAAACGAGUGGCGAAGAGAGUGGCAGCGUCUCUUAACAACACACCAAUGGGAACCAGGAAACGCCAACGAUUCUUCUCGGACCUCUGGUCCAUCAAGUACCUGCACAGGUUCCAGUGGACUCACCUGAGCGAGCGGCUUGCGUAUGAACAGACGGUCCUGCAGCAGAGACUCAGGACUGAAGUCUCUCAGGCAAAGAGAGAAACAAACUUCUACCUGAACAACGUGGACAAAAGCGCUCACCUGAACAACCUGAGGAAGAAGAGACAGAGAGACGGGCAACAGGUGGACGAGAGGACGUGGGACUUCACUCAGCGUCAGACAGAGGACGAGAUCCAGAUGAAGAAAAAGAAGAAACACUCUGUUUCCCAGAAGCACCUGGACAAGGCCCGCCUCAUACAGCAGAAGAGCCAAUCAAACGUCUCUCUGCUGGCCAAGAUUUUCAACUCCAGCAAAUCAGAGUGACAACAGAGAGACAGCUGAUUGGCUGCUGGACAAGACUGUUUUCAUGGAAUUCUGUAACCACGUCAACAAGCUCGUUAAUUCUUCUGGGAAAAAAAAGACGUGAACUCAAUUUUUUUUAUUUCACUUUUGUCUUUUGUAAACAUUUCUAAGAUGCUUUAAUGAAGAUCAUUUAAUGUUAAGAAGCUUGACCUUUUCACCUCUGUCUCUUCUCACUCAACGAUCAUCAGUCUCACAGUAUUUAACGUUCUUAUCACUACGAGUGGUUCUCCUGCCAUGAUGUCACCACUCAUCAUCUUCAUCUCUCAUCAUAAUAUUGUAAAUAAAUCUACAUUCAUGGUGCAGAAGUUAUAAUGCCAAGUCUUGUUUU